AUGGGCGUCUACCGCAUCUGUAUCUCCACUGGGUGCUCGAUGUACGCGGGCACCAGAAACGAGGUCCACAUGUGGCUGGUGGGGGAGCAUGGGGAGGCGUCUCUCGGGAAGGUGCUACGACGACCCUGUCGGAACUCGGAGGAGGAAUUCCAGGUGGAUGUGUCAGAAUACCUGGGAGCACUGUUGUUCGUGAAAGUGCAAAAAUGGCAUUACCUUACGGAUGACGCCUGGUUCUGCAACUGGAUCUCCGUGAAGGGCCCUGGAGACCAAGGAGCAGAGUACAGGUUCCCCUGUUACCGAUGGGUGCAGGGCACCAGCAUCCUGAGCAUUCCCGAGGGCACUGGCUGCACCGUGGUUGAAGACGCUCAAGGCCUGUUCAGGAAGCACAGAGAAGAGGAGCUGGAAGAGAGAAGGAGCCUGUACAAGUGGGGCAACUGGAAGGAUGGCCCUAUCCUGAACGUGGCGGCGACCAGCUUGUCUGACCUCCCUGCAGACGAGCGAUUUCGAGAGGACAAAAGAUUUGAAUUCGAAGCUUCGCAGAUUUUGGGGAAAACAGAUGUUCUUUUCAACUUUCCUCUAAAUACUUUGACCUGCUGGAAAGACCUGGAUGACUUCAAAUGGGUUUUCAAGAUUGGCCACACCAAGCUGGCUGAACAGGUUCGGAGGUCCUGGAAAGAGGAUGCUUUAUUUGGGUACCAGUUUCUCAAUGGUGCUAACCCCAUGCUGCUGAGGCGGUCCACUGGUAUUCCUUCCCGACUGGUGUUCCCUCCGGGGAUGGAGGGGCUGCAGGCUCAGCUGCAAGAGGAGCUCGAGAAAGGCACUCUGUUUGAAGCCGAUUUCUUCCUCCUGGAUGGGAUCAAGGCCAACGUCAUCUUCUUCAGCCAGCAGUACCUGGCUGCCCCUCUAGUCAUGCUGAAGCUGCAGCCUGAUGGACAACUCUUGCCCAUAGCCAUCCAGCUUGAACUGCCCAAAACUGGGUCCACCCCACCACCAAUUUUCACACCCGAGGAUCCUCCAGUGGACUGGCUCCUGGCCAAAUGCUGGGUCCGUAGCUGUGACUUUCAGCUGCAUGAGCUACAGUCUCACCUCCUGAGGGGACAUUUGGUGGCUGAAGUCUUUUCUGUGGCCACCAUGAGGUCCCUGCCUUCAGUGCAUCCUGUUUUUAAGCUUCUGGUUCCUCACCUGCUCUACACCUUGGAAAUUAACGUCCGGGCCAGGAAUGAUCUGAUCUCAGCGAGAGGUUUUUUUGACAAGGCAAUGAGCACAGGUGGAGGGGGCCACCUGGAUCUUCUCAAGCAAGCUAGAACCUUCCUGACCUACACCUCAUUGUGCCCUCCUGAUGACUUGGCUGAGCGGGGGCUCCUGGACGUCCAGUCUAGCUUCUAUGCUAAAGAUGCCCUGCGACUCUGGGACAUCAUAAAUCGGUAUGUGGUGGGAAUGUUUGAUCUCUACUACAAGACUGAUGAGGCUGUGAGAGCUGACUAUGAGCUGCAGAGCUGGUGUCGAGAGAUCACUGAAAUUGGGCUGCAAGGUGCCCAGGACAGAGGGUUUCCCACCUCUCUACAGUCUCGGGCUCAGGCUUGCCACUUCAUCACCAUGUGCAUCUUCACCUGCACCGCUCAGCACUCUUCUGUCCAUCUAGGCCAGCUGGAUUGGUUCUAUUGGGUCCCUAACGCACCCUGUACCAUGAGGCUGCCUCCACCCACCACCAAGGAUGCGACAAUGGAAAAGUUGAUGGCCACAUUGCCCAACCCUCAUCAGUCUACUCUUCAGAUAAAUGUCAUUUGGCUUCUGGGCAAACGCCAGGCUGUUAUGGUGCCCCUGGGCCAGCAUUCAGAGGAAUACUUUCAAAACCCUAAGGCCAAAGCUGUGCUGGAGAAAUUCAGAGAGGAGCUGGUUGCCCUGGAAAAGGAAAUUGAGAUUCGUAAUAAGAGCCUGGACAUACCCUAUGAGUACCUGCGGCCCAGCCUUGUGGAAAACAGCGUGGCCGUAUGA